GCCACCAGGGCAGCAAUGCUCUUCUGAUUGGCUGGCCUGCCACGGUCUCCAUUCAAGGCCCGCCUCCUGCCUACCUGCUUCGGAUUGAUCAUGGCCCUGAGGGCAUGUGGCUUGAUCAUCUUCAGAAGACGCCUUAUUCCCAAGGUGGACAACAGUACAAUUGAGUUUCUGCUGCUGCAGGCAUCAGAUGGCAUUCAUCACUGGACUCCUCCCAAAGGCCAUGUGGACCCGGGAGAGAAUGACUUGGAAACAGCCCUGAGGGAGACGCGGGAGGAAGCAGGCAUAGAAGCAAGCCAGCUGACCAUCAUUGAGGGGUUCCGAAGGGAGCUCAGUUAUGUGGCCAGAAAUAAACCUAAAACAGUCAUUUACUGGCUGGCAGAGGUGAAGAACUACAAUGUAGAGAUCCGCCUCUCCCAUGAGCACCAAGCCUACCGCUGGCUGGGGCUGGACGAGGCCUGCCAGUUGGCUCAGUUCGAGGAGAUGAAGGCAGCGCUCCAAGAAGGACACCAGUUUCUCUGCUCCACGCCGGCCUGAGCUGACCAGAGCAGUCAUUUGCUUCCACCACAUCCUCAAGGGCCUUCUAAGGUGAACUCACCCUCCCGUCCAGGGAAGGAUGUACGAGUCUUUGGCCUGUUCCAGCCAAGAGCAGAUAGGUAGUGAAAUCAGCCCAGGACCCUCAGACGAGAGCAAGCAAGACCUGGAUUCAGUUGCUAGCAGGGGGCGG